AGGAGAGGAACUGGGUGCUCUCGGCUGACGUGUGAUGGGGAGGGAGAGCCUAGAGGACUCCUUCGAGGCUGUUCUCCAUGGAUGAUUACCUUCAGGUUCAUUCCAUUCAUUCAGUCACUCAUUCGUCAAACUCCCAGUGAGUACCUACUAUCUUGUACUCAAAGUUCAGACUAGGGACCAGCUGCUUCACCCUCUCCUGGAGCUUGUUAGAAAUGCAGCUUCUUAGAAAUGCAGCUUCUUGGUCCCCAUCCUAGACCUACUGAAUCAGUGUUGCUGGGCUCAAGAAUCUCUGUUUUAAAAUUCUCCAGGUGACUCCUGUGGUAGACUUGGAGAACUCCGCUCCAGAAUGUAGGAUUCUCCAUCUUCAUCACUGCAUACGCUCCCUCAAUGCUUAGCACAAAGGCUCUCUAUAAAUGUUUGUGGACUGACUGUUGCGUGCCAGAUCCUGUUAGGUGCUGGGAAUGUGGGAGGAUGGCAAGGUCUGCUGGGUUUGAGGUAUUAUUAGGACGCGCCAGUGACAAUAGCUAGCAGGACACUAGAUACACACUUCUGAGUCUCAGGAGAAAAGUCUUUGGAGGUACUUCGGAAAUUGUCAGCCGACAGGUGCAAUGCUUAGGUGACCAAAUGUAUGAAAAGAAACUCUCAGGAUCUGUUGAAAGUCAGGGAGGGGAGUGACGGUAAUGGGGCCUGCCUGGCUGACCUGAGGCCAGGUGUUCUAGUGAUCCUGGCCUGGCAGCGCAUUUGCCCAGUGUUGAGGAGACAUGUGGACAUUUUUAUUCUGCAGACGCUGUGGCCAUCAGGUCAAGGGCGUGACUCAUCUUAUGUCCCUGCACUUCAAGAGGCUGUUGCUCCUGGAGCCUCCUGGGGGGGUUUCAUUUGUAGGCCUCUGCCUUCUGUUGGGAUCUUCCUUCUUCCUGCUCUCCGGGGGGACAAUAUGGCCCCAAGACCUGACGGGAAUGGGCAGGGAUGACGCUCAUUUGCGGUGACCGUGGGCAAGUCUGGAUGGGACUCGUGUGCAGGAGAACGCCCCUCCCCCGGCACCAGCUUCCCUGCUUUUGCAGUCGGGCCUGUUAAGGGCAGGGCUUGGGCCCCAGCAGUGCUGCAGAACUUGAUCCCGGCUUUAUUUUUGGAGAGCGAAUUCCGGGAUCUAGCCCUGCACUGUACAGGCUGCAACCUGACCCCAGGCCUGCCUCACGUGGUUGAUGGAAAAGGUUUGGUCAUCAAAUGGUUAAUAUAAAUCGAAGCGUAGGUCAGAUUGACUGGAUGCGUUUAUACACCAGAUUCUUCUUGUAGAAGUAACAGACCUUUACUGGGGAAAAGGAAAUGCUCACCAUUGUUAGUUCCCUAGCUGGAAAAUUCUUUGUGAUCUAGGAGAGCUUAGAAAAAUAUUUGCUUUAGCUCCCCACUGUCUUAGCAGCCUUCCCGGCAGCCUGUGGCCUGCGGCCACCUGACCGGACUCAACAGCAUUUGUCCGAGUGAGUUGACUUCUGACUGGUCACCAGGUAAACUGACUAGACCAAAGAUCAGGAGGCGCUAGGAUGCUGUCCUGAGGUUCCACAGGGGACAGAGCUUGUGCGCUGUCUCCCACGGGUGGCCUUGAGAGCCGGCUGGCCGCUCUCCUGGGUGCUGCAUGGACCCUGGCCUUAGCUCGCAGCCUCCGGAGGAGGACCAAUCCACCAUGCCUGAAGUCAAGGACCUUUCAGAAUCCUUGCCAGAGACGUCGAUGGAUCCCAUCACGGGAGUGGGGGUGGUGGCUUCUCGGAACCGAGCCCCGACGGGCUACGAUGUAGUCGCACAGACAGCAGAUGGUGUGGACGCUGACCUCUGGAAAGACGGCCUAUUUAAAUCGAAGGUUACCAGAUACCUGUGCUUUACAAGAUCAUUUUCCAAAGAAAAUAGUCAUUUAGGGAACGUGUUAGUGGAUAUGAAGCUCAUUGACACCAAGGACACUCUGCCUGUAGGCUUCAUCCCCAUUCAGGAGACGGUGGACACACAGGAAGUGGCUUUUAGAAAGAAGAGGCUGUGCAUUAAAUUUAUUCCACGGGAUUCAACCGAAGCUGCAAUUUGUGACAUUCGGAUCAUGGGCCGGACCAAGCAGGCCCCACCUCAGUACACGUUUAUCGGGGAACUGAACAGCAUGGGGAUCUGGUAUCGAAUGGGCAGAGUACCAAGAAAUCAUGACUCAUCUCAACCCACGACGCCUUCCCAGUCAUCAGCAGCGUCCACCCCGGCCCCCAACCUUCCCAGGCACAUCUCUCUAACGCUGCCUGCUACCUUCCGAGGCAGGAACAGCACGCGCGCCGACUAUGAGUACCAGCACUCCAACCUGUAUGCCAUCUCAGCAAUGGAUGGUGUGCCUUUUAUGAUUUCAGAGAAGUUUUCUUGUGUUCCAGAAAGUAUGCAGCCCUUCGAUCUCUUGGGAAUCACCAUCAAAUCUCUGGCAGAAAUUGAAAAAGAGUUAAACCAGAACCAGCCCACCGCACCGGGGCAAGACCAGGCGUCACUGGCUUUGGUGAAGUCCCUGGUUGGAUACGUGAGGACUCGUUUCUCCACUCUCAAGGUGCUUUCCCGAAGCGUCUUAGGCGAUUCUCACCGCACCUCUGUGAGUUGGGGGUGGGGCUUGGGUGGCCCCCUUUGUACCAGCCAGGCUGGGGCUCCUGGGACGGCCUCCUCGGGGCAGCUGGUCUCGCCGUGACAAAAGGCUCUUGGAAGCUGGGCCUCGCACGCCGUGGCUGGAGGAGGUCUGAUCCCGUCAAGUGGCAGUGUCUGCCGGCCAGAGGCAGGUGUGGCCGCCGGGGAACGGGACGGGUCGGAGCCCCCGACAGCGACGUCUCUCCUGGAGAGGCCGCCGGGCCCGCUGCCGUGCUGCGGUGGCGGCCUGUGUCCACCAGAGGGCGCCGCGGCCCGGCGCCGCUCCCCUGGGCUCGGCUCUGCGAACCCAAAUGCUUUUUAAUUGGAAAUUUUUUUAAUUCAAAAAGGAUUUGCUGUUUGUCCGCGAGGGCAGGUUUUUCUUAUGCAGGAGACUAAUGUCUUGAGUAAACAGAUCCGAGCCCAAAUCCACCUUCAAAGGUACUCGCUGUUUGCCCAAGGGAGUGAAAGGGCUUCCAGAAGCGGCCCCCGUCUCUCGGGCAAACACUCUGGGGCCAGCCAUCCCGGGGAGGACAGCGGCUGUGGGACGGGUGAUCCGCAGCCUAAGGGGGAUUAUGGCGGGGGACAUAUGUUGAAAUUUCAUUCGGGGAGUUAGAGAAAACAAGAGAUGAGGGGAGUAAGGCUUUUCUCCAGCCAAGAUAACCUAAAAAGGGAAAAAUCCCAAGGGCAGGGGGCGGGGGCCCGGGGACAGCAGUCUGUGCGCCUGAGUCCCUGGCCCCUGGGGUGGGGGCAGGGUUGUGUUGCGGCUGUGAGUCAGAAAAAGGCAGUGUGUGUAUUUUCAACUUCUCCCUCCUUCCCCCAGCCCCAGUGAGGGAACUUAGCAGCGCAUCCUUGAAGGCCCGCCUAUGGCCACUUCCUAGUGGCCAUGUCCCACCUCCUGGCCACAAAGACUGGCGCAUGACUCCCCACCAAGGCACUUCCACCUCGUCAGCCACUUCCUCGGACUCGGAAAUGUCCUGCUGUCCCUCCGUCUCCCACCCACUCUGCCAUCCAGAAACUGGAAGUGCCCUUUUCUGGGCCCUCCGCCGUCAGCAGCCAGGUCUGAGGCCGGGGCUGUGGACAUCUGGGAGCUGGUGCCUCCAUCUCCCUCUGUGCUCCCUGUGGAAGACCAGCCCCAACAAAUCAAGGAGGGCUGACUGCCCCAGGCACUCCCCGCCACCCCCAGGAGGCUGGCACAGAGCCGCACACAGCAGGGCACAGCAGAACCCCCUGAAGAAGUGACAGCCCACGACUGUCUCCGCCAGCACUUGACGGUGCCCCGGCUGGGGGCCUGGCACUGGGCUGGUUGCCUCCUCUGAGAGCUGCGUCACCUCUGCUCCUGCCUCAGGCAGGCGUCUCCCAGGCCAGGCAUGGUCUCAGAGCAGCCAAAGGGAAGCCCUCUGCCUAGACCUCACCCGUUUCCCACUUCUCUCCCCCCCACCCCCACUUGCCUAGCUCUAAUGUCCCUGGCCCUUCCAUCUCUGCCUGCUCCUAUCACAUCUGCUCCCAGGUCCCAUUGAUUGGGUCACAGAAUUGUCUAAGUUGGUCCCCAGACCACCAGUCACCUGGUAGUUGGAUAAAAACGUGGCUCUCAGGCCCCACCUGAGACUGCUGAGUCAGAAUCUACAUUUCAACAGGACCCCCCAGGGUGUGUGUUAAAGGCUGACCGGCCUGCCGUUAAUAGCUUUAUCCCGCAUCUCCUGCCCUGCGUGCCUGAGGAGGGGCCGCACUCACCUGUGCACAUCUGCACCCCUCUCUCGAACCUUCGCCCACUCAGAGCUGCUCCUGCUGAGGUCCCCAGCACACCCCUGGCCUCUGCUGCUCUCCCUGGCCGUCCUCGUCUUCUGACGCUGGGUGCUUUUCUUGCAACAUCUCCACACCUGUAACUGCAGCUGCCCUGCCCCUCAGGUGCUUCCAGUUCCCAGCCCCACAUCCCUGGCUCCAGGUCUCCCCAGCCCGGCAGCUCCCCUAGGGGCUCCUCGGAGGACCACUCUCGGCCACUGGCAGAAAGGCACUCAUGUUCUCUCCCCUAACCUGCUCUUCCUCCUGUGUUGCCAAUUUGGGUUGAUGACCUUGCUCUGCCAGUGUCCCUCCCCGGCCACCCUUGUGGGACUCUUGCCUGGCCCCAGUGCCCAGCACCAGGUGGGUGUGGCAGGUGCUGAUGGAGCCAACGAGAGAACCUUUCCUAUUGUCAUGCACCCAGGCAGCCACCAGGUGGCGAUAUUGUCCUGAACUUUGCCUGAAGGUCUCCGGGGCUGCACUGUUCCACCAGCCUCCCCAGAGCUGGCGUCCCUUGGCGGUGGGCUGUGCCCUGGGCGUUAGGGGGCAUGAGGGCGAGGUCUUGUUGGCUGCAUAGCCAACAAAUGCACAGUGACUGUUUUCCUGGUGCCAGGGACGGGCCCUUAACCCGCCAAGGCUCGUCCCACCCUCACAGCAGCCCUGGGAGUACAGGAGGCCACUCCACCUUUUUUAUGGAGGUGUAAUUGACAUAGAUCAUUGUAUUACUUCCAGGUAUACAAUGUAAUGAUUCUAUAUCUGUAUAUAUCGCGAAAGGAUCCCCUCAUUAAGUCCAGUUAACAUCGCUCACUAUACAUAGUUACAGAUUUGUUUUCCUUAUGAGAACUUUUAAGAUUUACUUCGUUAGCAAGUCUUAAAAAUGCAAUACAGUAUUAUUAUAGUCACCGUGUUGUACAUUGUAGCCCCAGGACCUAUGUUAUAACUGGAAGUUUGUACCUUUUGACCCCCUUCACCCAUUUCGCACCACCACCCCCCACCCCACCCCACCC